AUGGUGAGUUUUUUCUUCCGAAAUUUAUGUCAUGUCUAUCAAACGCGUGCAGAAACUGCUAUUUUCGGAAUACUGUGAUUUCGAAGAUAUGGUAUUGAUUGAAAGCCCUUUCGCUCAAACAACCCGAGAAGGAAGAGGCCUUCGUCAAGUACACUUGGGUUUAACCCCAUCCAAAUUAGUACUGGCAACCGACGUGCUGCCACCAGUGGAAAAAUCUUGCGUGGAUUUCCUUCCGGGCAUCGAUCCAGACAUCGAAACGUUCGAGUUAAUCGCGAUUUAUCCAAUAGACUGCGUCAAUCUAAGCGUGUUCCGUCGACGCAAAAGGCAAACCAUAAAAGCGCAUUUCUGCAACAACCGCGUCUUUUACUUCGAACUCGGCGGGUUCGAGAAUCGUACUAUGUUCUGGAACCUGUGGUGCGAAAAAGUGAAAUUUUUGUCUCCAGAGUCUGGUUCUUCGCAGUCCGAAACGUCCGUAGCCACGUCGAGUACCAACAGUACCCUGUAUCUGGUCGACAGUAGGCAGGUGGUGAAGCCCAACGGCUUGACGCAAGUGUGGUGCAAGUUCGGGACCGGUAAAAAACAAACUUCGAACCUCAUUCCAAAGUGGACGGAUCGGUACUUGUAUUUGGGUAAAAGUUUCGACGAUUAUACGAGUUAUAAGCCAAUCAUGAAUUCACCGAGCAUUUCGCAGUUUGUCGUACCUAGGAAAGUGUCGCAGUUUUCGCUGAGGAAUCGACAAAGCCAAAUUAAUGAAGUUCAUAUAGGGGACAGCUACCAUAUUAACAGGUUUGGAAUCGGAAUUCGAGAGGGAUGCGCGAGUGGGCUUUUUUUGCCGGCUGAAGAUUACAUAGUGCCGAGGCGCUUCAGUCAGACUAGUGCUCAAUCUUCAGGGCUAUCCGAGGAACUGCAAAUGCCAAAUUUAACCACCAGAUUUGAGGCGCUGGCCGAAGAUUCGGUACGACUUUGGGAGCUUUAUAGAGAAAAUUUAAGAAAAACCAAGACGAGACACCGAAGACGUUUCGGAAUUGUACCGCAGCCUCUAUUUUUGUACGGUUUGGGACCGUGGAAUAUAAAUCCAGGCACCAAAUUCUCGAUUCAAGUCAAACGGGCCGUUUCUGUGGUAACAAUCAGACGACAACCGGCUGAAUCAGAACUAAGGCUACCGGUAGCAAAGAGACAACUCGUCGCGACUAUUUCUUGCGAAAUAUCGCAUCCAGACCGUCCUAAAAUAAACAACCAAGUGGCCUGCGGAGGUCCUCGUAGGCCAGUUAUAUUUUUUUGGACCCCCGACUACUGGUAUCGACCAAGAACAGCCAAAGACGCUUAUCAAGAACUGCAGAGUCAUCUAGCCAGAAUUCAAGAAUAUCACCAAAAAAAUAAAAAACGAAGGAGGUUAUUUCGACGCGUUGCUCCCCCGAGAUUGGAAAGUACCGAUUCAGAUUCUGAUUCUUCCAUGACGCGAAGCGCCAAAUAUCGCAAAACGAAGAAGAGGAGAUCGACGAUGCGUUUCAACGUUUUCGGUGGUAAAUCUCACGAUGUUUGCGAUGUUGCUUUGUGCUGCUUGAUGUCCCCAGAUCAAGAAAAAACGUCUAAGGAAACGUCUCUCCAGUAUUUGAAGCGUCUACUAAGAACAGACGUUCUUUUAUCGGCAUGGGAUUUCAAUUCGACCACUUUGGCACAACAGUUGACUAUGACCGAUCGAGAUUUGUUUCUUAAAAUUUCAGCAACUGAAUUGUCAGUGUUGGUGUCUCAGCAGUCGUCUAAGAACGCUCCAAACGUAGCAGCAAUGGUGGCUUUUUCUCACAGGAUUAGUUGCUUGGUGGCUAGCGAUAUCUUGAACAAUAACUGUGAUAGGAUGAGAGCACGCUUAAUUGCCAGGUUCAUCACAGUCGCAGAAAAAUGUCACAGAAUUUCCAACUUUCACUCUUGUAGAACGGUACUUUUUGGGCUACAGAGCCCCGCAAUUUACAGGUUGAGGACGACGUGGGCCUACGUUCGCAAAAAACACGCAAGCAAAUAUCAGACUUUCGAGUUUCUUUGUCGCCUUUACAGAGAUCCACGUUUAUUCUCUUACCAGAAAACAUUCUUUUUAUCGUGCCAAAACACACCCUACUUACCUUACAUAGGUGACAUAAUGGCGAAGCUUCUAGACAAGAUACCGGAAUACGUAAUUUUAAGAAAACAGAAAAAGGAACUCUUCACGAAAAAACUAGGAGGAGCGCCUAAAGAUACCGUGCUGAUGAAACUACUGACGUCUAUGAAAUUAGUGACGACUGGGAACAACUUUCAGAAAAUCAAAGGCACUUUCAAAAAGAAGAGUUUAUGCGAUUAUUAUAGUCCUCUGGGGUGUUAUGAAGAUAACAGAACAAAGUGUCUGCUUGAAGCCAUUGAAUUCCUGCAACAGUGUCAACUGGGCGCUCUUCAGUACAGUUUUAUACCCAACAAUUUGGCCGUCGAUUAUUUACUAAAAACGCGAUACAAAGAAGAAAGAGACAAUUUUUUUCACUCGUUUCGGGUAGAAUCGAUAGAAGGUACGGAUGAAUAGCUACAUUAUAAUCAACAUUAUUGUAAAAUAACGACCUUAAUGCAAAUACAUGUACGUAUACACUG